AUGUGCGCGCUCAACGCUUGCCAUAAAAAAAAAAAUCGACGCUUGCCAUUGGCGCGUCGCAAGCGGUCGGCGCCAAACCGGCGAACUCCGAUCGGGGCCUGGUGCAGGGGUGCGGUGGUGGUUGUGCGGCGCGAAGGGAUGCGGUGUGGGGGGAGGGCGGGGCGGUCGGGGCGCCUGCCCGCCGCCGCCCUGCUGCUCGCACUGCUGGCUCCCCUAGCGCGCGCUGACGUCAUCUUUAGGGUACCAGAAGUGGUGGUGCGCCACGCUGCGACAGCGCGCGCGGUGGGCAGUGGGGGCCUGAACAGGACUGCCGGCGGGGACAGCUCCAGAGCUGAGCCCCAGGGCGUGUUGGAGGUCCGCUACGAGGAGUACUACGUGGAGCACGAUGUCUCCACGACGGACGCGCGGCGCGCCGCCGCGAACUUGGACCUACUCGAAGACGUGGACGACACGGAGCUGCUGCGGCGGCGCCGGCCGCAGCCGCUGAUGGGCGUGCGCAUCGGCUGCGGCGUGUGCAGCCGCCGCGACCUGGAGUACUGCGAGACGCGCGUGCUGGCCGACCACUGCUGCUGCGAGGGCCCCGCGCGCGAGCCCUUCCCCUGGCUGCCGCACACGUGCUACGCGGGGCCCGCGCCCUGCCGCCCCCUGGCGCGCAGCUGCGUCCACUACACGCGCCUGCGCGACUGCUGCUGCUUCCGCCGGCUCGCCGAGCGCUGGAAGGGCAUCCUGCUGAGGUCGGGGUCGCGGCGAGGCGAAGGCGUGCCCUUCGGCUGGCUGCUGCCCCUCGCCACGCUCGCCCUCACGCACUUC